AUACAGGAAGUGAUCCGAGGUACCAAGGACGUACUUUCUCUAGCUCAGGGAGUAGUGUAUUGGCAACCACCGAAGCCAGCGUUGGAUAAGGUAAAAGAACUUGUGUGGGAACCUUCAGUUAGUCGUUAUGGUGCUGAUGAAGGUCUUCCUGAGCUUAGAGAGGCAUUGGUUAGGAAGCUGCGUCAAGAAAACAACUUACAUAAAUCUUCAGUGAUGGUUACUGCAGGGGCAAAUCAGGCAUUUGUGAAUUUAGUUCUCACAUUGUGUGAUGCUGGGGAUUCUGUAGUUAUGUUUGCACCAUACUACUUCAAUGCGUACAUGUCAUUCCAGAUGACAGGUGUUACUAACAUUCUGGUGGGUCCUGGUAAUCCAAAGACACUUCAUCCUGAUGAAGACUGGCUAGAAAAGACUUUGCGGGAAACUAAACCAACCCCAAAGCUUGUUACUGUCGUUAAUCCUGGAAACCCAUCCGGAACUUACAUUCCACUGCCUCUUCUCAAGAGGAUUUCAGAUCUCUGUAGGGAUGCAGGAUGUUGGCUUGUUGUAGAUAAUACAUAUGAGUACUUUAUGUAUGAUGGCCUCAAACACUCAUGUGUGGAGGGCAAUCACAUAGUCAACAUUUUUUCAUUUUCUAAAGCUUAUGGAAUGAUGGGAUGGCGAGUUGGAUAUAUAGCAUACCCUACAGAAGUGGCGGGCUUUGGAGCUCAACUCCUCAAAAUCCAAGACAACAUACCAAUAUGUGCUGCAAUAAUUUCACAGCGCCUUGCCCUUUAUUCCUUAGAAGUGGGACCGGAAUGGGUCACUGAACAAGUGAAAGAUCUCGUCAAAAACAGAGCAAUUGUUCUAGAAGCACUAUCUCCGUUGGGAGAUGAUGCUGUGAAAGGCGGAGAAGGUGCAAUAUACCUAUGGGCAAAGCUUCCAGACAAAUGCGUCGAUGACUACGAAGUAAUUCGCUGGCUUGCUACAAAGCAUGGCGUGGUUGUGAUCCCAGGAAGUGCCUGUGGCUGUCCGGGGCACCUUAGGAUCUCAUUCGGAGGAUUGUUAGAGGAUGAUUGUCGAGUUGCUGCAGCAAGGCUGAGAAAAGGGUUAGAAGAACUGGCGAGAGAUGGGAUGGUACAUUAAAUUAGAUUCCUAUUUCCUAUUCAUUUUGUAAGGAAAAAUGUUUGUAUUCCGAUAUCAUUAUCGGUACAUGCCACUAGUUGUGAACAUGUUCAAAUUUAACUACAUCUCUGAAGCUCUGCCCUCUUGAAAAUAAGAAAAUGUGGCGAGGGUGAAAAUAAUUGAAGUUUACAGUUUUCUGGUACUGUACAUUGUGAUUUUCUUGUGGAAAUUGGAACACGGGGUCCGUUUGAGUUUGACCCAGCCUUUAGAUGA